GAUAUGAGUGUUCCCUAAAACAUGAGAGAAGGAGGCAGCCCUAUGUGUAGCUGUAUAACAACUGCAAUUGCAAGUCUUUCCAUCUUCCCUGAGCCUCAUGACUAUGAUACAUAGAUAAAUGAGACAAAGAAGUUUUCAAAUACAAGCUGUUUACCCACAUGCUUGAGGUCUACUCAUCGUGAUAGAUAAUCUUUAGACCUGAAGACAGCAGUCAUCAGGUGAAUGUACAUAGAAUUUCUGGAGUGGUUCCGAAAUCAACAGCUUUAUAAAUCAUCACACAAAUUAUUUUGCUGCAGUGAAAAACAACUUUGUUGAUCUUGUUACCAUCCAUUUUAAAGAUUCUCUGGCUGUUUGAAAUGUCCAUAUAGUCUUUCCUUGCUCAAGAAUUGAGAUUGGCAGAUAGUUUGGAAGCAGGAAGAAAAGAUGCUUGCUUGUCUUGGACUCAUCUUCAUGACACAGUGGAUGCUGCUGGUUGCCCAGACGUAUGACUGGCAGUGCACAAACUGGGAGAUGUCACACUCACCCAUCCAAAAUUUGAUGCUGAAUUGGUGGAAAACAGAACUGAGUUGGAUCAGCACCAUGAAUUUCACUAAGUACCAAUGCUCUAUGGCAGUAGGAAAUGAAGUGGUCAAUAUACAGGAAAAGAACACAAAUUGCGUCAUUGGAACAGAUCUAGCAUUUCCUCUGCACAACGGGGCAAACUUUUCAGUUACAGCAGAGGGCACCAACAGUACAUACUCAGUCACAUGCAAGUAUAUUCCUCAAGGCAUUAAUGGAUCAGUCAUUGAGAACUUCUCCUGUGUGAUUUAUGACCUUUCUCUCAUGAACUGCACUUGGCAGGCAGGCAGGAAUGCUCCAGGAGAUACCCAAUAUUUUCUCUACUGGCAGAACUCGAGAGGUGGUGAUGUAAUGGAAUGUGAGCUCUACAUUAAAGAUGAAAAUGGAAGACAUGUGGGAUGUACAUUCAAAAACGUGAAGAUAGAGAAAUCUUACUUUUUGGUGAAUGGGUCUAGCAAAAACUCCCUGAUCCAGUUCUACGACACGUAUAUUCAACUAUAUAAGAUCGAAAAACUCAUGCCUCCAUCAAAUGUCACUGUCAGUUGUAACAGUUCUUGCACGAUUCAAUGGCAACGACCCCAAAUAAAUCACUCUAACAAAGGCAGGUGUUUUAAAUAUGAAGUAAAAAUAACAUCUAAGGGUAACUCUGCAGAGUGGACCAGUCAAAGUUAUAUAAAAGAAACGAGUACAAGCUACAUAAUUCAAAAUCCCAACAUGAAAAAGAAGAACGUGGUGAAAAUAAGAGCAGCUGGCCAUAAUUGUGAAGUGAGCGAAGACUGGGGGGAGUGGAGUGAAGCUGUUGAGUUUGGAAACGAAGAAAUUUCUUCUUCAGUAUGGAUUUUACCUGUAGUGGCAGUUGCAACACUCUUAGCAGCUAUCUUUACAGUUUUCUUCUGCAAAAGGACUGGUUAUUGGAAAGCAGCAUUUCCACAAAUCCCAAAGCCAAAAAAUCCAUUUCAUGGACUGCCUGAUAUAAAUCCACAGAUUAUGGAGUGCAGAAUACAGUCAGUAACAUCUUAAACUGAGCAAAUUGUAGUAGUUGCUGAAGUAGUAAAAUAGUAAAAACAAAUGAGGAACCUGAAAGUGUACUUUUUAGUUCAGGCAAUUCAACUCUGCAGCAAGUCAGGGAUUAAAAUGUAUAAGCAGUUCUGCCAAGAGAUAAGAUUAUUUAUGUGUAAGUUUUUGAAAUGCCUUUGUAUUUUCUUUUAAUUUCAUCUUACUUUAGCUGUUUGGGUAACUGUCCUUAUUGGGUAUCUUCCAUUUUGUGAAUAUGAUUUAAAUAUUUCAGUCAAGAAGUUUCAGUUACAUUUCAAUUUGUCUAAGGAAAAAUAAUAUCUUUUUUUUUUUUUAAUCAUAUUAAAAAUAGUAAGAGUGCGUAUACUGAGAGGGCAGGCCAGCUAUUCAGGGGGACCUUGACCUGCUGAAGAAAUGGGUUGAUGGAAACCUCAUGAAGCUCAACAAAGGCAAAUGCAAAGACCUGUACCUGGGACAAACUAAAUCCAUGUAUCCUAGUGAGUGGCUGACUGACAGGUUUGCAGACAAGGCUCUUCGGUCCUGGUGGACAGGGUAGACAAAAAUCACCAGUGUAUCCUUAUGUAUGGUCAGGAGACAGGAGAGCACAGACAAAGAUUCCCCCUCCAGUAAAAGUCUAAUUCCAGACAAAGCUCAUUCUGGAGCUGGAGUUAUAUCAGAAUAGUCUUGUCAUCUGACUCCCCAGUUUGGAUGGUUGGAAAGUAAGUCAUCCACCCGUUCCUACCUGAGGAUGUUAUGCUGGAAGCUCACCAUGACUUCUAAGGUGAUGUUAAUAUUCAAACAGAAAAUGGUCAGGCAUUUCACUUCUUAACAGAAUUAGCCUUUGAGCACUUUCACUCACAAUAAAAAGAACUUUGUUGUCUGA